CAUGCAUACAUGUAUCGGAUAUAGCCAACCAAUCUCUUUCACGAGGGUUACAUUAUACAUGUAUUCAUUGAUGUACGUGAGACCUUUGAACGACAACUCUGCUGGGAGUGUUAAGUGGGGAAACACUUUAAGCACAGAGGUCGUAAAGGGACAAACCAGCUGAGUCGAAAAUGAAACUGGGAUUUUUCGAAAAUGCUGUUUAUAAGAUAGAGUAUCUAAUACAUGUGCUAACGGCAAACUCAUAUGAUCUCAAAUAAUUAAAACGCAACUAACACGUGAACAACGAUUGAGUGUCAUAAAUGCUUAACAGGAAACAAUUGAAUCCAAAUGGUUGCUUAUUGAAACAUCAGAGGGGUUUUCAUUCCGCUACGAGAUUUCCGAUCAAUAAGGAACAGUGUUCGGAUACGAAAAAUUUCAAUAGCAAAAAUAGUGAAAGGUAUGGUGACGAUUCGAAUACAAAUAACUGUGAUGCUAAAGUUUCAAGUAAACCGGGGGACUGAUACUCAAUCACGUGAAUCGGGUAAAAGUGAACACAUGCCAUCUGCGAAGGCUUCAAACAGGAUCGGGAAUCUACCGGAACAUGUAGAAAGGAAACCAGCGUCGGGCCAGAGAUUGACGAAAUCGUCAACAGGCAACAAAGCUGAACACGUUGAACAAAGGAAUGAUGCCCCAGUGACCAGAAGUAGAGAUGACACAACCGCCGGAUCGACACGGUGCUAGUGCUGAAACUGGUGCAACACCGAAGCCAACUGUGUAUAAAGACACGUGGCAAAAUCGCAAACUCAAAAGAGUUGGGAAAGAAGUAGGAACCGCCAGGUUUAAACACUUUCACGGGUACGACAAGUAUAGCAUUAUACGUUGACAGCCCAAUAAACCGGAAGUUGAACCGCGUGGGAAAACCGCGGGGGUAGCCUGCCGAUGUCUAGGGGCCGUAAAAGUGAGGUCACCAAGUCUGUCCCUGAAAUGAUCAAGAAACUUUGCAGUGACGAUGACUUUGACAGCGGCGAUAUCGGAAAUACGUAUCAGCAUUCGUUCAAGUUAGCUCUCUGUCGCAUCAAUCGCCAUAAGGAGGUCAAAGACUGGAAAAGAGCUAACAAGGACGGUCACUCUAUUACAAGCCUGAGCACAGGUAUUCAAUUCUUUAAAGGAGAGUUACCAGACUCAGAAGUAAAAGGUGGACAGCUCGACGUUCGCGGAAAAAUAGGUUUUGGCGUUUUUGGAAAGGUUUUCUUCGCCACAUGGAUGGAUGCUGUAGUGGCAGUUAAAAAGAUCGCCAAGCAAAGUUCCAGAUCAAGAGUUGCCCUUUAUAAAGCUGAGCUGAAUCAGUUUUGCGACCUAGAACACGCGAACGUUGCACAGACCUUUGGGUAUUGGUUCGAGAAAGAUGAAAUUAAUAUUUUAAUGGAGUACAUGGAAAUGAGUCUAUACGAAGCAAUUCAUCUUGAAGAAUGUAUAGAUUUUUCGGAGCAAGAAAAAUUACAAAUAAUCCGACAAAUGAGCGCUGGAUUGAAAUAUCUUCACUCUCAUAAAAUCGCGCAUGCCAAUUUGAAAUCUCCAAACGUUUUGUUGAACUACGUAGAAGGGAAAACCUGCCUCGCAAAACUGACUGAUUAUGGGCUGACUACUUUGAAAAAUGACCUUGAAACGUCUCAACCAAGCAGCGUAACGCUGAAGGCGCAAAUAUGGCGAUACGCUGCACCAGAAGUUCUAUCGGGCGAGAUUUUAAAAACCGCGGACAUGAUGAAAGCAGACAUUUGGUCGCUUUGUCUGUUGAUGCAUGAAGUGAUUUAUGACGAAGAGCCGUAUUUUAACCUCGAUUAUGUUAAAUUGAAAGAUGAUGUAGGCAAGCACGGAUUGAUGCCGUCGGUUCCUUACAGCAGUAUCGUUACAUCUGACAUGGAGAAUUUGAUGAAUGAAGGGAUGAUGUUAAGGGCCCAGGAAAGGCCGAGUGUGGAUUACAUUGACAGCUUCAUGACACAGAUAGACAUACUUUUUACGAUAUGAUUCAAUACUGUAUACAAAAUAGUUUUGCUCAGUAUAUCACAAGGAUGCCAUAUCCACUUCGUUCAGUUGUAUAGAGGAUUUAUUGCCGCAUUUUACAUGGGACCGGUACAUGUUUUACUACUACCGCCGAUGAAUUGCGUGUAAAUUUGGUAUAAACUAUGAAAAGCCAAUUUUUACAAACCGUAAAGGGCAAUUAAAAAAAUUCCAUCAAUUCAAAUAUUGUUUACCGUUAAGCCGUUUGUGGCAAAGCGUAUUAUGAACUAUCGAAAUGACUUUCACAGAUUUCUAGGAAUGAUUUGAACACAUCAGGAUCCUACUAACUUUAACGUUUUGGUUUCGACUAUCAUUUUCCGAAACCUGUACCAGAAUGUAGCAAAUAAUUUGUAUUUUGUAUCGUUGUUACGAUAAUCUUCACUACUUCGGCAAUGUUCACAGGUAAAUAUUUUCGGAUUUUUCUCGGCGACGAAUACGUAAGACAGAAUUGGUAAAUUUUAUAUUUAUUAUUUAUUUCAAUAUACAUUUUUGAACAUUCUGACGAUGUAUUCAGCAAACAAAAAAAAAACAAUUAGUCAUAGAUAAGUUCAGUCAAAUGUUUCGAUAAAAGCGUUAAAAUAAAGUUAACACUUAAAAUAUGAUGCUUAUUAACUGGUGAAACGACAUACUAACACUUAGAAUCAACUUACCAAAUUGUUUCAACACCUUCAGUGUCUUAAAAAUUAGUAUUGGGUGUCCAAAUAAACAACCAACUACGUAUAAUUCCAAGAAAAUAUAUUUUUUAGCUCACCUGAGCACAACGUGCUCAUGGUGAGCUUUUGUGAUCGCCUUUUGUCCGUCGUGCGUCGUGUGUCGUGCGCCGUCAACAUUUGCCUUGUGAACACUCCAGAGGCCGCAUUUAUUGUCCGAUCUUCAUGAAAUUUGGUCAGAAGAUUGGUCUCAAUGAUAUCUUGGAUGAGUUCGAAAAUGGUUACGUUUGCUUGAAAAACAUGGCUGCCAAGGGGCGGGGCAUUUUUCCUUAUAUGGCUAUAUAUGGCUAUAGUAAAAUCUUGUGAACACUCUAGAGGCCACAUUUAUUGUUUGAUCUUCAUAAAACUUGGUCAGAAGAUUCAUUCCAAUUAUAUCUUGGAGGAGUUCGAAAAUGAUGCCGGUUGGUUGAAAAACAUGGCCGCCAGGGGGCGGGGCAUUUUUCCUUAUAUGGCUAUAGUAAAACCUUGUAAACACUCUAGAGGCCACAUUUAUUUUCCGAUCUUCAUGAAACUUGGUCAGAAGAUUGGUCUCAAUUAUAUCUUGGAUGAGUUCGGAAAUGGUUACGUUUGCUUGAAAAACAUGGCUGCCAAGGGGCGGGGCAUUUUUCCUUAUAUGGCAAUGUAUGGCUAUAGUAAAAUCUUGUGAACACUCUAGAGGCAACAUUUAUUUUUUGAUCUUCAUAAAACUUGGUCAGAAGAUUCAUUCCAAUAAUAUCUUGGACGAGAUCGAAAAUGAUGCCGGUUGGUUGAAAAACAUGGCCGCCAGGGGGGCGGGGCAUUUUUCCUUACAUGGCUAUAGUAAAACAUUGUUAACACUCUAGAGGCCACAUUUAUUUUCCGAUCUUCAUGAAACUUGGUCAGAAGAUUUGUCCCAAUGAUAUCUUGAAUGAGUUUGAAAAUCGUAACCUUUGCUUGAAAAACAUGGCUGCCAAGGGGGCGGGGCAUUUUUCCUUAUAUGGCUAUAUAUGGCUAUAGUAAAAUCUUGUGAACACUCUAGAUGCCACAUUUAUUGUCCAAUCUUCAGGAAACUUGGUCAGAAGAUUCAUCCCGAUAAUAACUUGGACGAGUUCGAAAAUGAUGCCGGUUGGUUGAAAAACAUGGCCACCAGGGGGCGAGGCAUUUUUCCUUAUAUGGCUAUAGUAAAACCUUGUUAACACUCUUGAGGCCACAUUUAUUUUCCGAUCUUCAUGAAACUUGGUCAGAAGAUUUGUCCCGAUAAUAUCUUGGAUGAGUUCAAAAAUGAUGCCGGUUGGUUGAAAAACAUGGCUGCCAGGGGGCGGGGCAGUUUUCCUUAUAUGGCUAUAGUAAAACCUUAAUUGUUAACACUCUAGAGGCCACAUUUAUUUUCCGAUCUUCAUGAAACUUGGUCAGAAGACUUGUCCCAAUAAUAUCUUGUUAUCUCAGGUGAGCGACUUUGGGCCUUUCAGGCCCUCUUGUCUAAAUGUAUGUUUCCAGUAUACUAUAAUGGAUAUGUUAAACAAAAAGUGUAUGUGCUAAUAAUGGGCUAAUGAUAAAAGUGUAUAACAAAUUAAAGAAUUUUAUAUGUUAUUUGAAUAGUUCACCUAAUCGUUUUCCUGCGAAAAAUCUUGUCUCAUAAAAUAUUAAGGCAGCAAUUUCAUUAUUCAUGUUCCAAUAUUCAGCUACGUAAUUAUAUACUUUACAUAAAACUUGUUUACAUGGAAAUGCAUUUAUUGUACACUACUUUUUAUCAUCCCUUUAUUUUGUAGAUAUGUGCAUGUAUUGUGUUUGUGGCACAGUUGUGUUUAUCUUUUUUAUGCAUUUAUGUGCUUAAUAUGUAUAACACUAUAUAAUAGAAAUUUACACUCCUUUAACAGCUGAAUGCAGUAUGCAUAUUAAUUGAUUAAUCAUAUUUAUCGAGCUCAAAAAAAUGUAUGAAAUGACGCUUAAACUUUAAAUUGCGAAAGUAUUUGUAUUUGUCUAACAGUCAACAUGCCGACAAACUUUUAUUUAAUUUUCGUUUUUUUCUGAGCGCGUUUUCCGGUAAAUUUCCGGUCUACUUGCAACUGUAUAAUUAAUGAGGUCAAACUUAAUUAACACUUUUCGCUUGCUUGAAAGUAAAAAUGUUCAUACGAAGACGACAUCUGUCCUACAUGGACAUCGAUAUCUCGCUUAAAGCCAAUUGAUGCAUCAUUUACGAUUAUACACUUGAUACUGUUUAUUGAAAUCUUGUUAACAUAAGUGGUUAAGCCCCAAUGUUUAAGUUGUUUCCUCAUUGUUACGUUCGUCGUUUGUUAUCUAGUGUAAUCUAGAUGUCCCGUAAUCGUUCAUAGUUCAUAGACGACACAUAGUUACUGGCAAUGUUUAUUACUCUUAAAUUACCGGUGUGUAGCCUAUAAUUCGAUAUCUCGUCAUGCGCGUAUUGCCAAGAUAACGAGAUUUGUAUUAACUACCAUUUUCUCGUGUCACGCAUGGGACAAGUCCGUCCCUCUCUAGUAAUAUUAAUUUCUCUGCAUAAUGAAGGAUAACAUAUUCAACAACACCAUGUAUCAGUUUCUAGUCCAAUUUAAUGUCUAACAUACUUAAUAUUUUCAGUUAUACAAAUACGUUGUGAUUGCUACAUGAUUGUGUCUUUCUCGAUCCGUGCGUCUCCAAGUCUAAACGCUAACUGUCUUGUUUCCCUCUAACACCUGACCCGUGAAACUCAGUUAUGAAUCCCUGGGAACGGGAUAAACAAACCACCCAAAUAUUAACAAGCUUUAUCCAACCUUUUGAUGAGAGAUUUAACUGAAUAAACACUUUUGCCUGACCAAUACAAACAUACCCGGCCUUGUGUCAACUAUACUAUUCUUUAAUCUCUCCCUCAUCGAUAAGCUUAUUUGAACAUAUGUGCACUUUGUGACCGUCAUGUUUACUGGCCCUUUUGAUAAAAUUUUCAAUAUUUCUUACAUGAGGUAAACCCACAUAUUCUACCUACAAUUUCUAACCAUAAUGUGACAUAGAGGUAGCUAGAAUUUCGUAAUCUUACUCUCUUUAACAAUCUAGCAACACAUCAUUUAUUAUCAACUCGCUCGGGCCAAACCAGGCAAUAAAAGUGAUGAAUUUUAGAUUUGUGACGAAUAUGUGCCAGUUGAGACUUUGAUUGCUUAAAGGUCUUAUUUAUUGAACGCCAAUCCUGCCCUUUGUUGAAAUAUUUAUCUCAACAAAUGUCAGUUUUGAGUCUCCAUAUUUAUCCUUCGAUUGUUAAUAGUUAUUUAUGUUUAUGAAGUCGUGUCAAUAUUGUGUCUAUACUUAUACAGUUGCAUUAUUGACAUCAUGUAAUUAGAAUUACAUUUUGUAUUUUACUAAAUAAAACUGCAAUAACACCUAUUUAAGUUUCAUGCAUGUGGUAAAAUAGUGUUCAAAAAUAGGAUUGUUUCCUAUAUAUCCUUU